AUGCAAACCUUAACCGUUGCGACCAAUAGUUCAGAUCGAUCCGCAAUCAAGUUGGACGUUUUGCCCACAAACAUUCCAAUUUUAUACUUGGAAAAUAAUCGCAUUAAGGAAAUUCGCAAAGGCACGUUCAGAAAUUUAUUGCUUCUCAGCCACAUAUCUUUAUACCAUAACAAACUAUCAAAUAUUCCGGAUGAUUUUUCAUACUUAUCAAACCUACAAAGCUUACAACUUGAUAGCAAUCCUCUACGUUGCGAUUGUUCAGUUCAUUCGCUAUGGUGGUAUUACACCCAAGAAAUUUCGAUAUUUAAUAAUACUCGGCAAAAUCGUACUCAGGUCACGUUGUCUUGUAAGUCUUUGCACUCUGGAGUUAAAGAGCUUACGGAACUUCGAGUAGAGGACUUUAAUUGCGAGCUUCCUGAAAUCAUAUUGGCACCUGAGAGUCAAGUAAUAAAUUCUGGAAAAUCCUUUACCUUAGAAUGUGAUGCAGACGGAGACCCUACACCCAAUAUUUUAUGGUUGUUCAAUGGAUAUCCAUUAAAACAAGAUGGCCGUGUAACAUUAGACAAUGAAAACACCGAGCUUACGAUAGACAAUGCAUUAAAAGAAGAUACAGGUAUUUAUACGUGUAUAGCUCAAAAUAUAAAUGGCAACACAGCAGUACAAGCAAACGUUACAAUUGAUGAUAAGAGACCAAUACCACGACUAAGCAUAGAACCUUUUGAUUUGGAUGUUGUCACUGGAACAAUUUUUGAAAUGCCUUGCAAAGUGGAAGACAAUACCAGCGUACAGCUAAUAUGGAGACAUGAUGGACGACUUGUAGUUCCAAACGCAUAUGCAAAUGACAAAUACAAAGUCAGUGGAUCCGGCAGUCUUAUUGUAAAAAAUGUUUCGAUCACAGAUGAAGGUCGUUAUGAAUGUGCAGUGAAAAAUAAAUACGGACGUGUAACUGCUUCAGGGCUAGUGAAGAUCAAGAACAGUGUGAACGCAGCUCCAGGUGAUCAUUACGUUAGAAUAGCAUUUAGGGAAGCUGCGAAUGAAAUUGAUUUGGCUAUAAACAAUACCAUUGAGGCUCUUUUUAUGAAACGAAAUGUCACCUCAAAUGGACAGUUUAAUCACGGUGACCUUUUGCGUAUAUUCCGGUUUCCUAAAGGCGAAGCACGUCAACUUGCUCGAGCUGCUGAGAUAUAUGAGCGAACUCUUGUAAAUAUAAGAAAGCACAUCGAAAAAGGCGAUAAUCUUACCUUAUCAAGUCAAAGGUAUGAGUUUCGUGAACUUCUUUCUCGUGAACAUUUGCAUUUGGUAGCUGAACUUUCCGGCUGUGUAGAACAUCGUGAAAUGCCAAAUUGUACAGAUAUGUGCUAUCACUCAAAAUAUCGCAGCAUCGAUGGUACUUGUAACAAUCUAAAAAACCCGUGGUGGGGUGCUUCACUGACAGCGUUUAGGCGUAUUGUGCAGCCAAUUUAUGAAAAUGGUUUUAGCACACCUAUUGGCUGGACAAAAAACUUUUUGUACCGGGGAUUUUUAAAGCCAAGUCCACGAUUAAUAUCAACACAUAUUAUUUCAACUAAACACAUAACCCUGGACGAAGAAAUAACUCACAUGGUAAUGCAAUGGGGCCAAUUUUUAGAUCACGAUUUGGAUCAUGCACUGCCGUCAGUUAGUUCGGAAAGUUGGGAUGGUAUAGAUUGUAAAAAGACCUGUGAGUUUGCACCACCUUGCUUCCCAAUCGAAGUGCCACCAGAAGAUCCCCGCAUAAGAAAUCGUCGAUGUAUUGAUGUUAUUCGUUCUAGCUCUGUUUGUGGUUCCGGUAUGACAUCAAUCUUUUUUAAAGAUAUUCAACAUAGAGAGCAAAUCAAUCAAUUAACUUCGUUCAUUGAUGCCUCCCAAGUUUAUGGUUACAGUUAUGAAUUUUCCUUAGAACUUAGGAAUUUUACAACAGACGACGGACUCUUAAGAACAGGAGUUAAGUUUCCUGGCCAAAGGGAUAUGUUGCCAUUUGCUGCACCUCAAGAUGGUAUGGACUGUAGGCGAAAUCUGGACGAAAACACUAUGAAUUGCUUUGUUGCAGGAGACAUACGAGUUAACGAGCAAAUUGGUUUAUUAGCCAUGCAUACUAUAUGGAUGCGUGAGCAUAAUCGUGUUGCUACAAAAUUACGUGAUAUAAACCCUCACUGGGAUGGUGACACUGUAUACCAAGAAACACGAAAAAUUAUAGGAGCUCAAAUGCAACAUAUAACUUUCAACCAUUGGCUACCAUUGAUUAUAGGGGAAAGUGGUAUGCAUAUGUUGGGAAAAUACCGAGGUUAUGAUCCUUAUAUAAACCCAUCGAUUGCUAAUAUAUUUGCCACAGCUGCGUUACGAUUUGGGCAUACUAUUAUAAAUCCAGUGCUUCACAGACUUAAUUCUACUUUUAAACCAAUACCACAAGGGCAUUUAUCCCUGCAUAAAGCAUUUUUUGCUCCAUGGCGUAUAGCAUAUGAAGGGGGAGUAGAUCCCCUUUUGCGUGGUAUGUUUUCGGUGCCAGCGAAGUUAAAGACCCCUGACCAAAAUCUUAACGCUGAACUCACGGAAAAAUUAUUUCAAACAGCUCACGCGGUGGCUUUGGAUCUUGCAGCUAUUAAUAUUCAACGUGGCAGAGAUCACGGACUACCAGGAUACAAUGUUUAUCGGCGGAUCUGUAAUCUCACCAUAGCGAAAACUUUUGAGGACUUGCAAGGAGAUAUAAGAAGCGCAGAAGUGCGUAAGAAGCUUCAAAAUCUUUAUGGGCAUCCAGAUAAUAUUGAUGUAUGGGUCGGAGGUAUUCUAGAGGACCAAGUUGAGGGCGGCAAAGUAGGUCCAUUGUUCCAGUGCCUUCUUGUAGAGCAAUUUCGACGAUUACGCGAUGGGGAUCGAUUUUAUUAUGAAAACGAUGGUGUAUUUCUUUCAAAGCAGCUGAGUCAAAUUAAGCACGCAAGUCUCGGUCGUAUACUUUGCGAUGAUGGUGAUAAUAUUAACGAAGUGUCGUCUAACGUAUUCUUACUGCCCAAAAGGCAAGGUGGCUAUAAAAAAUGUGCUGACAUUCCGGAAAUUAACUUAUAUUUUUGGCAGGACUGUGGUUCAUGUCAGUCUUUACCACCACUUUUGGAAACACAAGAAUCAGAAUUAUAUAGCAACCAUUACCUUAAGAAGAGAUCAAUUCAUAUUUUAAGAAAUAUUUCUGAAAAUUUACAGAACUCAUGGCAUUCUAACGAAUCGCGGAUAAGCACUUUAGAAGAGACCAUCUAUAGGCUUGACAACGAGCUUAAUGAAUAUAAAAAAAGAGUUAAGAAGCUGGAAGAUGAAAUUUUGUAAAUAGAUUUUUUCUGCACUGUUAAAUAAUAAAAGCAUAUUUAAAAA